AUGGGCUUUUUAAAUAUCCUCAGAUGUACUGUUGUCCUGCUGUGUUCUUGGUGUGUAAUCGCCAACCCAGUCUGUCAGGAACCUGCAGACAGUGUGCUCCGCCAAAUGUUGAAUGAAUAUUCACCAAAUGCCUUGGACUACAGUGUCACAAGUGGUUCAUAUAGUCCGCCUACUACUACUGACUGUCCAGCACUAAAUUUGGUUCCGGCAUCGGCUCCCCAGUCUGAAGGUACCACGUGUCCGUGGUACAACAUAGAAAACACCAGUGUAGCCCGUUAUCCAACAACAUUACUUGAAGCUCAAUGCUACGAUUGCACCAACUGUAUUAGCGAUAUGUUCUCUGAUGGCAAGCAUCCCGUCUAUAGAUGUGAACGUGUAAUGCGAAGAAUAGAAACAGUGCACGAGACGUUGCAUGUCCAUCCAUCGAAAUUGGAAUGUGGCGAAUGCCGGGAAAAAAUAAAGGAUCAGUACUUUCUGAAGGCCAUAGGAAAAUACUGGCACGAAGACUGCUUAGUGUGUGAUUUAUGUCAAUGUCGCCUUGGAGAAGUUGGUUGUCACGUGCUCGUCAAAUUAGGGAGGAAAUUGUGCAAGAGAGACUAUCUACGGUUAUUCGGUCCUACUGGCCUAUGCAAUUCAUGUCAACAACCAAUAGCAGCAUAUGAAAUGGCGAUGAAAAUCACUCCGCAAGUGCAAUACCAUCUGGAAUGUUUUAAAUGUGCUGAGUGCGAGAAAAACUUCUGUGUGGGAGACAAAUUUUACAAUCUUGAGUCUAAUAUCUUCUGCGAGACUGACUACAUUGUAGCACUUUCCAAAUUUGGUGGAGAGCACUGAGAGUCCUGUCAUCAUAUCUUGUGCGUGCAAAAGUGCAUUGUGGGUAGUGAUGUUGGUAUUGAGCAAACACCGUGACAACUCUGCAAACAUAACUACAGAUUUUAUUGCUUUGAAUAUAUAAAUCUUGAG